AUGAAGCAAGAGCUUGAUAAACACAAGUCAAAAGUUAUCGAUAAUGACGAUAAUGGAGAGGAUCGGUUGACUUAUGAGGUGUACUCUGCUGCUUCAUUCCUUAUUCUUAUGAAGCAUGAAAAGUUAGACGAACGAGCUAAAUUAACGUUAAAUAAGAAGAAAAAAUUGUUUCUUGGAGGCCAAGGCAAGCAAGAACAAGAGGAAGAAGCGAGUUCAAAUAUUAUUGUUGGAAGAAACAAAAGAAUCUUGGACGGCUAUGAACCCCCGUUUAUCCCUCCGAUAGCAGCUCUCGCCGGUAUCAUCACCGAAUGUAGCAAGCCUCACCAAAAGCGGCUGACGGAGACCGACUUAAAGAGAGAUCAAUCGAGGUUGCUUUUGUGCAAGGAUCACGUCAAAAAUUUCAUGAUACCAUCGUUGAAAGAAGAUGAGAAUGUUCGAAACGGAAUCCCGGUGAUGGUGUUCGAUUCAGAAGGGAACGGAUACAACAUGAUAUUCAAGCUCUGGGGUUCGAAUAUGUACGUGCUUACUUCUAGCGGCUGGCUAUCGUUUUGCAGACAACAUAGGCUGGAAAAAUAUGUGGAUAUCGUCACUGUUUGGAUGUUUCGUCAUGGGGUGAAACAUAACCUUUGCUUUGUGAUCACCACAAGAAGGUCGCCACCGUCACCGACAAUCGGCAAAGCCGAAGAAUUGCAUAAAAGAUCAAGAAAAAGGCUACGAGAUUAG